CUACAUUCCCACACCAGGACCCCUCCAUAGGCUCUCCGCGAAGAGUGGCUUCAGCUGGCGGCGCAGAGUUGAGUUUACUCUGGCGCGACGGGCUCCGUUGAAGGCCCCCACGAGCCGGGGGACGCUCUGGGGGUAAUCAAGAAGGGCUCUUGGCGCCGUUGGUGCUGCGGUCUUCGGGAGUCCCCCUACCUGAGACCGUGGCCCCUUCGCCCGGCUCCCGGUGCUAGCCGGCCGCCGGCCCGCUCCCGGAAGCGGUGGCAGCUGGUAACAAAGAGCUGCCAGGCCGCUGCUGCCCGGGCUACGGGACCCAGGAGUCCGGCGGAGCUGCUGGGAGUGAGCGCGAGGCGGGCCAUGAGGCCAGGUUCGCGGCGGUGAGGGGCGGCCGGCGGCGGCCGAGGUGCAAGUGCGGGCCGAGAAACCGGUGUUUCCCUCCUCGCCGCCCGCGGGAUUCGGGGAGCGGGUGCCUCUGCUCUCUGGGCCGGUCCACUCGGGAAGGCGGCUUCCGGACCUUCCCCCGGCGGCGCCUGCCUUUGAGCUGCGGGGACCGACGCUCUGCCUCCGGCUACCGAACCCCGGGCUUCUCUUCCCCGAGGGGGUCCUGAAGCUUUGUGUAAAGAAGCUGGGGAAGCCUGACGGGUUUUGUUUUUAAUAAAAAGUUUUUAUAAGUCUCCAUUUUUAGAAAUUUUUAGAGUUUGAAGUACUCUACCUCUUCGCAUCCUUUCUCCUGCUCCUUGAGUCUUUUUUCUUCUCAGCUGUAAACGUUUUUACUAUCGGAGCGGACCAGGGAUGAACGUUUUGUAAUUGAAACUGUAACUCUUCUCGUCGAGAUAGUAGUCAAGAUGGACAAAAAGUCCUUUGAAACGGUGCUGGAUGAAAUUAGAAAGGUAGUGCUGGGUCAAGGCCAUCGACUUCUCUCUGAACUUCCCUAUUAUGUGUCACAUCUACUCUUGACUAUUUUAAUCCUCACAGUAACAGGCUGUUUUGACAGAGUACAAAUUAAAAGCAAUUGAAUAUGUGCAUGGAUAUUUCUCCAGUGAACAGGUGGUUGAUUUACUGAGAUAUUUCUCCUGGGCUGAGCCUCAGUUGAAGGCAAUGAAAGCACUGCAGCAUAAAAUGGUGGCUGUUCACCCAGCAGAAGUGGUCAAUAUACUCAAUUGUUUCACCUUCAGUAAAGACAAACUAGUUGCUCUUGAGCUGUUAGCUUCAAACAUUGUUGAUGCACAGAAUUCUCGUCCCAUUGAAGAUCUGUUCAGGAUAAAUAUGUCUGAGAAGAAACGGUGCAAGAGAGUGCUUGAACAGGCUUUCAAGGCGGGCUGCAAAGCUCCUCAUGCUAUGAUAUCUUCUUGUGGAACAAUCCCAGGAAAUCCAUAUCCCAAAGGAAAACCUAGUCGCAUAAAUGGAAUUUUCCCAGGGACCCCUUUGAAGAAAGAUGGUGAAGAGUGUACCAACGAAGGCAAAGGAAUAGCUGCACGAAUUCUCGGACCGUCCAAACCACCUCCUUCAACAUACAAUCCACAUAAACCCGUCCCUUAUCCGAUACCUCCAUGCCGGCCACAUGCAACUAUUGCACCAAGUGCUUAUAACAAUGCAGGGCUGGUACCACUAGCCAAUGUCAUAGCUCCAGGUGUGCCCCCUCCACCUCCAUAUACUCCUAAUCCAGUAGCAGCAGAGAAUGAAGACCUUUCCAAUCAGUCAAAACCUACACAGAAUCCAGUUGAUGAUCCCUGGAAAAGGAAUAUUCUCUGUUUACAGCUGAACAGACUUCGAUCAUUUUCUACCCCAGCGAGUCAGCUCUUUUCUCCUCAUGGCUCUAACCCUUCAACACCCGCGGCAACUCCUGUUCCUGCUGCUUCCCCGGUCAAGGCAGUAAAUCAUCCGUCGGCGCCGGCCACUGCCGCCCUCUCUGGGGCGGACCUGCUGAACGCUGUCCUUCCUGUGCUCCCAGCGCAGGUCUCGGCUGUUCACGCACCUCAGCCGACGACGCCCAAUCCAACAGUCAUCAGAACCCUCUCCUUGCUGGCUGCACCGGUGACUUCUGUUCACAGCACCACGUCUGCUCCCGUUCCUUCUGUUUUUUCUGGCCUCGUUCCACUGCCAGGUCCUUCUGCCACCCCUACCCCAGCCCCUCAGGCCGCCUCUACACCUCGCGCCACCCCUGCUUCCAGCGAAACAUUUGCUUCUACUUCUGUCCCUUUCACUAGCCUCCCCUUUGCUGCCACCUCUGCUGCCGCUUCUGCCAGCAGCCUCGAUUCCUCCUCAUUGUCCUCGGUUCUUGCUGGUCUCCCCUUGACCUUAACACCGGCCUCCCAAGGUGUGUCCAACCCGACUCCUUCCGUAAUCGCCUGCGGUUCUGCUCCCACUGUUGCCUGUCCGCUGGGUGUGAAUAAUCCCCUUCUGUCUGCUUUAAAAGGCUUUCUGACAUCAAAUGAUACCAGCCUGAUCAACUCUGCCACGUUACCCUGCGCCGUUACUAGUGGGCUGGCUUCCCUCGCCUCCCUCGCUAACCAGAGCUCCGACUCUCCGGCGGCCGCCCCUAACAAGGGCUACGGCCCGCAGCGCGCCUCCACGCCGGGACUGGCCCUGUUCCCGGGCCUGCCGUCUCCGGCGGCCAACGCGGCUUCCACGCCGCCGGCUCUGCCUGCGCCCGCCGCCGCCGCCACCGCCGCCGCCGCCUCGGGGCCCGCGGGCUGCGGCUCCUCGGCCGCCCUGUUGCACGGCCCGCUCGCGAGUCACGCAGACGCGCCCGGUUCGUCGACGCCCGCCGCCAACAGCUUGACGGUGGUGAUCAAGACCGAGCCCGCGAGCCCCACUCCCUCCGCCUUCAGGGGCCCGCCGCCCCCCGGCCCCGCUCCGGGCGCGCUGGGCCUGUCGGGGGCGCUGGGGCGGGCGUACACGGCGGCCUCGGUGCCCGUCAGUUUACCAUCCUGCCUCGCCCCCGCGCUGCCCGGCCUCCCGGGCCUGAGCGCGCCCCCGAGCGGCUCGAGCCCCCUGCCCGCCCUCCCGCUGCCCGCGCACGGCUCCUCCGCGCCCAUCGCCCCCGUCUUCAGCGCCCUGCCGCCUUUCACUUCGCUGAGCAGCGGCUUCGCCCAGGCUGCCCACCCGCCCCUCGGCGCCCCCGCCUCGUCCGCCCCCGCCUGCGCCCCCGGCCCCUCGGCGCCCGCCUCGGCGGCGGCCUUCCCACUCAGCCUGCCCGCCGCCGUGCCCUCGCUGUUCUCCGUGGCGCAGGGACCUCUGCCGGCCUCGGCUCCCUCCUACCCCGGCUUCUCCGUCUCCGGCGCCGCGGCCGCGCUGCCCUCGUUCCCGGGGCUGCAGCCGCCCGCCACCGGCGCCGCCACCGCCCCGUCGCCCGCUCCCGUCCUCCCCGGGUUCGCCUCGGCCUUUAGUUCCAGUUUCAACUCCGCUCUGGUUGCGCAAGCCGGCUUAUCAUCUGGACUUCAAGCUGCAGGCAGUUCUGUUUUUCCAGGCCUCUUGUCCCUCCCCGGUAUCCCCGGGUUUUCCCAGAAUCCUUCACAAUCAUCCUUGCAGGAAUUGCAGCAUAAUGCAGCCGCACAAUCAGCAUUGUUACAGCAGGUCCACUCAGCUUCAGCUCUGGAAAGCUACCCAGCUCAGCCAGAUGGGUUUCCUAGUUAUCCUUCAACACCAGGAACACCGUUUUCUUUGCAACCAAGCCUGUCCCAGAGUGGGUGGCAGUGAAUACAUUUAAAUGCAUCUUCUCCUCCAGAGCAACAUCAGAAUUGCCUGAGGACUGCAGUGAACGAUCUGACAAGUGUGCAGUUGGCCAGAAGUCAGGAAAUGAGGAUGAGGAUAGUCCUGGGGAAAUUGGGAUAAGAGCUGAAAAAACAUGGUUGCAUUUUUUUAAAAAUGGUUUUAAGUAUGAACAUUCCCCUAUGUAAAUAUGCUGACAAUAAAUUGUAUGGAGAAUAGUAUUUUAAAAAGUAUUUGGGGACUUUUCACCUCCCACCCAAUGAAAUUUUGAAUCGUGUGUAUGAUCUAUGUAAGAAGAAUACUAAAGAGGAGGUUGAACUCUUUAUAGCCGAAUACAGCCUUAAAUCUGCUUGUACAGCAUCCACUGACAGAAGUAAUAGUCGUGCCUCAGACUUACGGGUUGCAUGUGGCCUUGGGGGAGUUACUACCCUUGGUAUGCAAGAGUGGUUCCUGUUAGCGUCACUGGAACUCAGUGUCCGUACUCCAUAUGUAUCCACAAAAGGGAACUUGAGACCCACCGUUAUUUUUAACUUCUGACAUUAAUGAUCACACAUGUACUGCUGAAUUUAACUCAGUGUAUUUCAGGUAAGUGAAAAUGGUGCUUAAUAUAGUCUUUAGAAUGACUUUCAGGUGUUUUCAACUAAAAACAUAUAUAUCCAGAACUACUUUCUUACAGAAAUACAAGUAAGGCUUGUGAUAAUUUGCCUUCAAAACUUAUUUCUUAAUCUCAGCAGUAUCCAAAUGAGUGAGGAACAUUUGACUGACCCUUGGGCCACCUCUAUUACUCAUUGUACUCUGGAAGCUCUUGGUGAAUGUUUACAAUCAUGGGAUGUAGUAUUUCUAUUUGUACUUAGAAUCACAUGCUUACCUAGAAUAAUUAUGUGACAACAGAUAGAAAGACUUGCUCUGUUAGUAAAUAUGCAGUGUGUACUCUAUUUAAGGUUCUGUGCUAGUAUAACACGAUUGAAUGUCAUUAAGUAUAACAACUGCCACAUUUGGGGGACAGGGCAGUAGGGAGAAUGAUUUCCAAUCCUGUGAUUAAAAGUAUAAACCAUAGAAUCUACUGUAGUACAUUUCAUCAUCUAGAAGUUUUACUUUUAUAAAGACGGUGUCUAGAAGAUGUUGCUAAUGUAUUUUCCUUCAACCUGGGGAAAAAACUUUUUAAGUAUAUUAAUAUUCCUGUAUGGUUAGUUUUUAACAAUUUUUUAAAAUAAACCUUAUGGAUACGACAUA